AUGGUGAACAAGACGGAAGUUAUUGAAAGACUGAAAACAUUCCACAUGCCUAAUUUUAUAGAGGAACAUAGAGAUAUCCAGGGUCACAAAGCUGCUGUAUUGGUGCCGCUAUUUUUCCAAAAUGACGAAAUUUAUGUACUUCUCACCGUUCGAUCCAAAAACUUGCGUUCACACAGUGGUCAUGUAGCUUUCCCCGGAGGCAAGAUGGAUGAGAGGGAUUCUGAUCUUUUGGAGACUGCUUUGAGAGAAUCAUGGGAAGAAAUUGGUUUGCCAAGGGACAAGGUAGAAAUCGUGUGUCAGGGGAUGCCAUUCAGCUUCCUUAAUAAUGUGGUGGUGACUCCAUUCAUUGGAUUUAUUGACAGCGACUUUUCACCAAUACAGAACAAACGAGAAGUGUCAGAUAUUUUUAGUAUGCCAAUCAUCAAUUUUUUAUCUGCAGAGAACCACACAUCCACAGUUCACUUGGAUGCUUCUGGUAACAAGUCAUAUGUACAUCAUUUUGAAUAUGCUGACAAGGACAAACGCUAUUUCCCAUUUGGAUUUACGGCUUUCAUUUGUGUUAUUUUAGCGAACAUAAUUUUUCAAAAAGCGCCUGAAUUUGAAAUAAGUUCGCUAUAUAAACCCAAUGAUCCUGCUAAAAUUCUUUUAAUUUGGCAUCAAAGACGUGUCAAGUCCAACACAAUGAAAGCAAAUAGUAAACUCUAA